CAUGCCAAACCAGGCCAUUUCACUACCCCUCCUUUCACAUUUCCUCCAAAUAAUAAUAAUAUAUAUAUUUUUUACCUUUCCACAGCAUCAGCAGCGAGAGGAGGGGGAAAACACCUCGCAGCCGUCAUCCAUGGCCUCUCUCCGCACCAUUCCGGUGAUCUUCGGCAUUCUCUUCUACGUCCUUGCCGGCAGCACGGCCACCGCCACCGACGCGCCCGACUACCUUGUCCAGGGCCGUGUCUACUGUGACACGUGUCGUGCCGGGUUUGAGACCAAUGUCACCGAGUAUAUCAAGGGUGCCAAGGUCAGGCUGGAGUGCAAGCACUACGGUACUGGAAACAUUGAGCGUGCAGUCGAUGGUGUAACUGAUGAGACUGGCACAUACAAGAUUGAGCUCAAGGACAGCCAUGAGGAGGAUAUCUGCGAGGUUGUCCUCGUCAAGAGCCCCCUUGCAAACUGCGGCGAGGUCCAGGCCGAAAGGGACCGCGCCCGUGUUUUGCUCACCAGGAAUGUUGGCAUCUGCGACAACCUGCGCUUCGCCAACCCGCUCGGCUACCUCAAGGACAUCCCGCUGCCCGUCUGUGGUGAGCUGCUCAAGCAGUUCGACCUGACUGAUGAUGAUAACGAGUGAUGCGAUGAUCUUCACAGAACCACCGGAGAGGCUGCAUAAAUUAUGAAUCAGUUACAUGGCUUGCAAAUAGCAUGGAUCUAUUUAUUAAAGGGCAGAAACCAAGAGUGGCUGUCUGAAAACAUGAAAAAUGUAAAUGUUCAUUCAUCUAAUGUUAUUUACAGCCUUGUGACUUACCUGAUGUGCAGUUCUGCAUUUUUGCCA